AUGGCUGGCUCCGUAGCUCCCCACGCUGUGGUCGUCCUCGGUCUCCUACUGCUCGCGGGGCUCGCGGCGGCGCAGAGGGGGACGACGCCGGCGGCGGCGGCGGCCCCCGCGCCCGACCCCGGCUGCAACGGCAUCGAGCUCACGUACAACUUCGGGGACCGCACCAAGAUCCGGCCCUUCGUCAGCGACAAGAACAAGCAGCCCUACGCCUUCCGCGCCAACGUCACCGUGCGCAACUCCGGCACCCGCCCGCUCAAGUCGUGGGCGGCGCUCGUCACAUUCGGCUACGACGAGAUCCUCGUCGGCGUCGACGGCGCCGUGCUCACGGGCGGCGGCGAUCUGCCGUACAACACCACGGAGGACGCCGGCAACGCCACCUCCUUCUCUGGGUACCCGCAGACGGACCUCCUCACGCCCAUCGCCACCGCCGGGGACCUGUCGCAGAUCCAGGCCUCCGUCGGCAUCGUCGGCACGCUCUUCGCCGGGCCCGGCUUCGAUCCGCUCCCCACCGCGCUGUCGCUGGACGACCCGGCCUACGCGUGCCCGGCGGCGACCAACCUCACCUCUAAGGUGCUGUCCACGUGCUGCGUCCUCACGCCGGAGGCCGAGGCCAACGCCACUGUCAUCGACGCCAACGCCACCGACCCGACCAAGAAUUUCCUGCCGCGCGGCACCGGCGACCUCGUCAUCACCUACGACGUGCUCCAGGCUUACCCCUCCAGCUACCUUGCGCUCGUCACGCUCGAGAACAACGCCAAGCUUGGCCGCCUCGACAACUGGCGGCUGUCGUGGGAGUGGCGGCGCGGCGAGUUCAUCUACUCCAUGAAGGGCGCUCACCCAUCCGAGGUGGACACCUCGGGCUGUAUCUAUGGGGCGCCUGGGCAGUACUACCAGAGCCUUGAUUUCUCGCAGGUGCUCAAUUGCGACCGCAAGCCGGUGAUCCUUGACCUGCCCCUGUCCCGGUACAAUGACACCCAGAUUGGGAAGAUUGACAACUGCUGCAGGAAUGGAACAAUCUUGCCCAAGUCCAUGGACGAGGCACAGUCGAAAUCGGCAUUCCAGAUGCAAGUUUUCAAGAUGCCACCAGACCUGAACCGGACUAAGCUGUUCCCCCCUGCCAAUUUCAAGAUCGCCGGUGCAUCAUCGCUGAACCCAGACUAUACCUGUGGCCAGCCGGUGCCUGUCAGCCCAACUGCAUUCCCAGACCCGAGCGGUCUUGACUCAACGACGCUUGCUGUGGCAACAUGGCAGGUGGUGUGCAACAUUACCACAACAAAGGGGGCCAAGCCCAAGUGUUGUGUGACCUUCUCGGCGUACUACAACGACUCAGUGAUCCCCUGCAACACCUGCGCCUGUGGGUGCCCUGCAAACAGGCGAGGUCCAACGUGCAGCACGACUGCACAAUCCAUGCUCCUGCCACCGGAGGCGCUGCUUGUGCCAUUCGACAACCGCUCACAGAAGGCUUUGGCGUGGGCUGAGCUGAAGCAUUACAAUGUGCCCCGGCCAAUGCCUUGCGGUGACUUCUGUGGUGUGAGCAUCAAUUGGCACGUCUCGACGGACUACAACAAGGGCUGGAGCGCUCGGGUGACAUUGUUUAAUUGGGAGGAUGUCGACAUGGCCAAUUGGUUUGCUGCCAUCGUCAUGGACAAGGCGUACGACGGCUUUGAGAAGGCGUACUCAUUCAACGCCACCGCAGUGGGCAAGAACACAAUCUUUAUGCAGGGUUCGGAGGGGCUUAAUUACCUGGUGAAGCAGACCAACAUGAGUGGGAUCGACUACCUUGUGCCCGGUAAGCAACAGUCAGUCCUCUCAUUCACCAAGAAGCUGACCCCGGGGAUAAAUGUUGUUGCUGGAGAUGGCUUCCCAACAAAGGUCUUCUUCAAUGGCGACGAAUGUGCUUUGCCACAGAGAAUUCCAAUGAGCAGUGGGUUCAGCAACCGUCUCAGCAGUGGCUUUGCUUUGGUCUUGUUCCUUGCUGCUUCGGCUUUCCUAUUGCUUCAGCAAUGA